UUAAGAUACAACUUUAAGGAGUCAAGCGAGGAACAGUUUGCCCAUGGAAGAGUCUAGAAAGGAGCAUUCCGAAAAGACAGACCUGGAUCUCUGAUCGCUUAGAGGCUGACUCAACUGGAGAACAUGGCUUUUGACGGUACUUGGAAGAUAGACCGGAAUGAGAACUAUGACAAGUUCAUGGAAAAAAUGGGUAUUAAUAUGGUGAAAAGGAAGCUUGCAGCUCAUGACAAUUUGAAACUUACUAUUACACAAGAGGGAAAUAAAUUCACCGUCAAAGAAGCGAGCGCUUUUCGUACCAUUGAGAUUGUUUUUGAGCUUGGUGUCACUUUUAAUUACAGCCUAGCAGAUGGAACUGAACUCAGUGGUACUUGGAACCUAGAGGGAAAUAAACUUGUUGGAAAAUUCAAACGGACAGACAAUGGAAAUGCACUGAAUGCUGUCCGAGAAAUUGUAGGUGGUGAACUGGUUCAGACUUACACAUAUGAAGGAGUAGAAGCCAAGAGGAUCUUCAAAAAGGAAUGAGCUUUGUUUUUGGAGCACAGCCCAGAACACAAAAUGAAUGGAAAAUCUAUAUUGUACUAAAACCGUUUUUCUCUCCCUGAUUAGUCCUUUUGUAAACAUAACCAGUGACUCACAUUUCUAAACUUACCAAGGCAAAACAAGUAAAAGCUAAUUAGGAUUCAAUUGUUUUACAUUCCCUAAGAUGUACAUUUAUUGCUGUAUUGGUGUUCUAAAAGAAUUGGUGACUUUUUUUCAACACAGAUAAAUAAACUUUGU